CGUCGUUCAUAUUCCCGCUUUCUACUCUUUUUGAAAUUUAUGACUAACAACACUCUUCUAAACUUCCGUUCCUUUUUUUAGAUCCUUCUCUAGAACAAAAAACACUUUACAGUUUACAUGAAAGAUAGCAAUGGAGUCAGAUCUCUCGCUUCUCGAAAUCGCAGUCGAAGACGAUUCGCUUCUGCAACAGAUCCCCAUUCACGACAUUUCGAGUUUUAACAGCAAUGGAAUCGACACAACUGAUCAUACCAGUCCCUAUUUCAUGUGCUCUCCUCUCCAAGUCCCCAGAUCCAACCCUAUUGCCACUGAAGGCAGUAGGGCAAAUGAUGCUGUAGAAGAUAUGAGUCGUUCAUUCCAUAGGGAUAGUACUAUAAAUAAAGAGAACUUUAACCAGAACAAAGAAGAAGGAAUGAAACUUAGUCUUGAACCACAACAAAUGAAAAGGAAGAAAAAAGGAGGUGUAUACAAUUUGCGCAAGAGCUUAGCAUGGGACCGUGCUUUCUUUACUGAAGAAGGUGUUCUUGAUCCCGUGGAGUUAUCUAUGAUUAGUGGAAAUGUCAGAAAAUUUAGUGGGGAAACUUUGUUAACAAUCCGGGAAGAAGACACAAGCUGCGCUGGUGCUUCAUUGAACCAGAGAGCACUUGAAGAAAAUUUAUUUACGGAAUUGCCUGCCACUACUUCAGGAAAACAUAGGAAAAGUAGUGGUAGUAGCUUCUUCCCAAAGAAUGAUUCACCAGUUAGAAAAAAGGCUGCUCCUACGUCGUCGGUUAGUUUCAGCAUUGAAAUUCCGAUUUCCCUGGAUAUUGAAGUGUAUUUUAUUUUCUUUUGCAAAGCUGUAAGGUGCUACAAUUUGGCAUAUUUCAAUUUGGAAAAAGGUGGUGGUUUUAACUUCUCAUGUCAUGAUUUUCAGGCUAAACGGAACGUGCUUUCAGCCCAUGAUGUCAAUAGAAGUGCCUCAAAGCGAAGUGAUUGUCCUCGACCUGUGGCUUCAUCUUCAUAUCCUUUUCAAUAUAGGCCUGCAAAUUUGAUCACAAUGAAAACAUCAGCAAAGGAUUCAAAAGUUUCUAGAUUACCAGUUCCAAAGCCAAAUCAUUGUGCGUCCAUUAAGAUAUCCAAGAGUUCUACACUAGGUGCAAGUGAAUCAAAACGGAAUCAGAUAACUCGGCCAGCAGUCAAUAUUCAGAAAAAUUCUGGACUUAAGGGCUCCUCAAGCAAUAUUAGGAAUGCAUUAAACAAUUCAAAAGCCGGUCCCACAGGAAAUUCAUUAACUACUAAGACCUCUCUUGGACAAGCUAAAAGAAAUGUGGCUAGCUCAGUAAAGUGUUCUACCAAUUUACAAUAUCCAUUGAAAACUGAAGUGAACAAUGACUUAGAUGUGAUCUUCGAUACUUCACUUCUUCAUGCUGAUCUUGGAUCAAAUAGUCAUGAUGGAGGAUCCAGCAGAACUGCAAUCCCUCUCCCCAAAAAUGCUAACCGUACUGGUGUUAACGUGCAACCUACUCAAGUCCAAACAGCAGCAAAACCAUCAGGUUUGCGGAUGCCUUCUCCAUCUCUUGGAUUCUUUGGUCAGUCAAAACUUCCCCCUAUGCAGAGUCCACUAAAGAUGACUUCUCCACCAUGCAAUCUUCCUGAGUCUAACAUUUCUAAUUUGAGGAAAUUUGGUGCUCCACCAAAUCCAGUUUUUGAACUAAGGCCUCCACUUGCUCCUAGAAGUUUACCUGAAAAAAUUAGGGAUGGUUCACUCGCAGGAAAUGUUAAAGCCUCAUGCUCAAGCUUUGGAUGCUCAGUUUUAACUGCUGUUAAUCCCACUUUAUGUGGAGUAGUGGAAUCAAACUCACAAGUUGCUAAUAGGCAGAUGGAAAAAAUGGUACAAUGCAAUGAUACUAGUUAUAAAGCUAUAAAAACUCUGAAACAGUUGCAUGUUUUUGUUGGUGUUGACGAACAUUGUCCUGGACAAGCAGGGCCACCUACCACUGCAAUAAAGUUUUCAAUAGAAGAUGUAAAAUUGCAGACGAAUGAUGGCAAUCUUUUACUGAAAGAAGCCUCUCAGUUGGAUAAGGAUAACAUUGACACAAAGGUAGUUGACAAUAGCCAAAAGAAUAAAAUAAGUAGUGAACUGGAAAUUCCACAGCUUAAGACCCAUUCUAGCUCUGCAGUUGAAGUUACUGGUCUCUCUCAUGAAAAUGAUAUUUCUGACCACCAGCUUGGAGAAGAGAGACCCUUUGAUCCAUCACAUAAGGAUCAUGGCGUUGCCUUGCAAGUCAACCCUGUGUGCAAAGCUAAUGAACCAGUUGGGGAACAAGCUGAAGCGAUGCAUUCUUUUAACUGCAAAAGUGGCCCAUUUUCCAGCGACAACCAGAUGCUAGAAGACAACGCAGCAGAUAUUAGUUCACAAGUUGAGGACUAUAAUGUGGCUGAAAUUGAAAAUUCUCAUGCUUUUUCUCAUUUUAGGUCCAUUGAGCUGGAAAAAGAGGACUAUGAUAUCUCCUCAGAACUGAACUCCCAAAAGUGCGAUAUCAACGAACCAUGUGGGAUACAAACUAAAAUGAUGAAUUCCUUAAACUGUAUAGCUACUCCAAUUCUUAGUGAUGCCCAGAUGCUGCAGGACAAUGCUGCAGAUAUCAUUUUAAUGGUCCAAGGCUAUAAUACAGCUGAAAUUGAAAAUUCCCCUACUUUUUCUCGCAUUAGAUCUGUUGAGCAGGAACAAGAGGUUCAUGGUGUCUCCUCAAAGCUCAAUUGUAAUAAACGUAACGUCGAUGAACCAUUUGCAGAAGAAGCUGAAACUUAUUCAAUUUCCAGUGAUAGCCAGAUGCCGUGGGACAAUGCUGCAGAUAUUAGUUCAGAGGUCCAAGACUAUAAUACAGCUGAAAUUGAGAAUUUUCUUCAUCUUAGGUUCAUAGAGCAUGAAAAUGAGGCUUCGACUGCCAUCGAUGAACUGAGAAAGCAAUUAAAUGUCGAAGAUAGAGGAAUGCAAUCUGGCAACAGAACAGAUAGAAACAGCAACGGCAAUAUCAGCAUUUCUGCAAAUAAUGAUCACAAGAUGGUUAUUGACGAUGUAAUUGAAAAACCAGAUUUUUUAGAGUUUCCAAAGUCUCCCCUUACCAGAGAGGACACUUUGCAGGAUGAAUUUAUAUUGCAGGUAGAUGGUUCCUUAUUAGGUGAUAAAAGCAUUUUUCCUGAUGAGUUAAAGCAGGAAAAUGCUCUCCAGUCUGAUGAAAUAGAAGUUACCGAUGUUUGUCAAACUGAGUUGAGAAGUUCUAGAACUUCGUCAAUGCCAGAUUUUAUGCUACACUGUGAAUCUAAUGCAGCUCCAUCUGUGCAGUGCCACCUUUUGGAGGAUAGUUCAUCAGUUUCUGUGGGAGACAGCAAACCAGUGGCUGCUAAUUGUAAUCUGAAUACCCAUGCUCAGCUUGAGGUUGGGUUCCAUGAUCAAUCUACUUCUGUAGAAUUGGGUAAUAUGGAUGAAGAUAACCUAGCAGGUGCAGUGGAUGCUGAAGAUGUCAAUGUCACUUGUCAAAAAGUUGGAAACUUCGGUGACAGUGAACAAGAAAACCUUAAUGUUACAUGUGAACCAAGUUUUGUGGUGCAAGUUGAAAGUGAUUAUUCGAUGAAAAAUAAAAUUGAGCAUGUUGAUGUAGAAGUUAAAAAAUUCAAUCUAUCUGUUGAAAGUUCUCACCGUAAUUUUGAUUCACAGCCUGGAGAUGAGCUUUGUCCUUGUGAUGAGAAUUCUUCAAUAGCUCAAAUGUACAUGUUGGAAAGUAAAAAUGAUGACAACGAUCAGGGUGACCAAGUUAAACAGAUCACACCUUGUUGCCUCUGUGAAACCAAAGUAAUAUGUAAUGAUAAAAAAGAGAGUCUAGAGGCUCCUAGCUUGUCAUUUGACAAUAGCCACUCUCUGGAAGAGCCUCAGAUAAUGGAGGAUGUUUUCAAUCCCAUAGUCAGCGUUCAUGAUGGAAGUGGAUCAAGAAGUCCUGGUCUAUCUUUGCAUAAAGACAUGAAUAAAACGUUUAAGGAAUCUGAGGGAGGUUAUCACAUAAUCAAGGAACAAGAUGGUAACUUCGAGCUUCAAAAUCCAGUUAAUCAAAGUGAAGAAGUUUCCUCAACUAGUUUUCCAGAAGAUGAGGGUGUCACAGGAGAACAUUGCAGCGAAGAAUCUGGCAUUGAUAAAAAGCAGGAUGUUCUUGUUAUAAAACCUCCCCUGAAUGCGACUCCAUUUUCAGAUGAAUGGUUAGCGGCAUUUGAAGCUGCUGGAGAGGAAAUUUUAACCAUGAAAAGUGGUGCUGUACAAAAUUCACCAGAAGAAAAGUCUCAACGCGAACCAGGUCCAUGGUCUCCGGUGAAACGGAAACAGAAUCAAGCAAUUGGGCCGUACGAUUGUACAAAAUAUACCAACACGAAUUCUUAACUCGACCAAGAUUCUUCUGAUUAUUUUUUUCGCUAACCUUGAUUUUUUUUGACCUUAGGUUAGCCUGAGCUUCUUGGAUAUUUUUGGAUCUUAUGAAUACGAUCCUAACUAAUUUGGGGGCAAAUACAAAUUAUAUAAUUUCCCAGGCAAGGCUACAAGUCUUCUUCAACUCUUUUUUGCGUACAGUAGGAAUUUUAGUGUAAACGUAGUGUUGUUUUUAUAGACUGACUGUUACCCUUAUAAUUUAUUUAUAUCGUUCUCAUUUGCCAGGGUUUCGUUGUCUGAAUAGUAAAUACUGGUUUUGCAAUAAGUUUUUUAAAUUGGCUUC